CGGAAGAAGAGCUCUCACAAUCGUAAUGGAAAAUUCAGACUACGACGAGCCCGACAAGAAGAGGCCUCAUCUCAUUUCUGUUUCUUCCCGAAUGCCCCGAAACUCAACCAAUGCUUCUACCAACAACAAAACCGCUGAUGAAGGAGUCUUACAGUUCCAGAAUCAGCAGCUUGUUCAACAGAUAGACAUCCAAAAACAUGCUUUGCAUGAUCUUGAAGAAAAAAUUAGAGAAUUAAAAGAAAGGCAAAACUCUUAUGAUGAUUUGUUGAUUGCAUUGAAUCAACUCUGGAUUCAGCUGGUUGAUGAUAUGGUUCUUCUUGGGAUACGAACUGGGAGAGGCAAAGAUGCAUUGCAAACUUUGACUUACCUUGAUAAUCCUCAAGGUUCACUUCCUUCGUGUGCCGCGGAGGAUAUAUUUUUAUGUAGAUUAAUCCAGAAAGAAUCUAUUCAAGUAAGUAAUAAUGAUGAGAUCAUUAAUUACGUUGAGGAAGCCCUUGCUUUUCGUCGGUCAUCUACAUGGGAGUUGUUAAAACUCCUUCAAGAUACCAUUGUUGAUCAGAUGGAAAGAACUAACAGUAUUGCCCAGAUUUUACAUGGAGAUUUAUCUUCAGAAGAUGCUAUUAUCCAAAUGUCUAACGUUGAUGAUAUGACGAAAGAGGAGGCAAAUAGUUUACGUGAAGUUAUUGAUGCUCUUCAUGUGAAGCAUAAAGAGUACACUGCUAGUAUUCAAAAUUAUAUUGGCGAGUGUUCACAAGAUCAAUCAGACAUUAAACACCUUGGAGGUGAACUUGAUGAGAUCAUGGCUGAACUUGAAGAGAGUAGAAGAAAGCUAGUCAAUCUGAAAAUGCAAAAGGAUGCAGCGAUGGGGAUGAAUUCCCCUAGUACAGAUGCAGUGAAUGGAAACUUGUCUCCUGAAAAGCCUGCAGACAGGACCAUGGGUUUGCGUGAGUUGAAGGAUUCAAUAGAGGAAGCAAAGAUAGUGGAUGCUGAUCGUCUUUCUGAGCUUCAAGAUGCACAAGAAGACAAUCAAACCUUGACAAACCAAUUCCAAGAUCUUCAGAAUGAACUGAAUGAUGAUAAGUAUGUGCGCUCUUCCCGAAUAUACUCUUUGGCAAAUGAUCAACUUCAACAUUGGAUUGCUGAAUUGGACCGAUAUAAAACAUUGGCAGAAUCCCUGCAGGCUGGCAGUGUUCAUGUCACAAAAUGGGAGAAGGAACUGAAUUUGAAAUUGGAAUCUACCGAUUCUGCAAGGCAUAUCCUUGACAAUUCUAAACAUAGGAUAGAUGAGCUAGAGCUUCAGUUGCAGAAGUGUAUUAUUGAAAAGAAUGAUCUUGAAAUUAAGAUGGAAGAGGCUGUACAGGAUACUGGGAGAAAAGAUAUCAAAUCUGAGUUUCAUGUGAUGGCUUCAGCUUUAUCUAAAGAAAUGGGGAUGAUGGAAGCUCAAUUGAAGCGAUGGAAGGAUGCAGCUCAUGAGGCUGUAUUGUUACGUGAGAAAGCACAUUCACUAAGAGCACUGUUAAGUGGGAAGACAAGCAAACUUAAGAGCCUUGCAAACAAAUGUGCAGAACAGGUUUUGGAAAUCAAGUCUUUAAAAACAUCGAUUGAAAAGUUACAGAAGGAGAAACUGGAGUUAGAAUUUGUUCUGGAUAUGCAUGGCCAGGAGAAUUAUGAGAAAAGAUAUUUGGCUGAAGUUAGAGAAUCUGAAAGUAAAGCUCACUCUCAAGCUGAAAUGCUGAAAAAUGCUUUAGAUGAGCAUAGUCUAGAGUUGAGAGUAAAAGCUGCUAAUGAAGCUGAAGCUGCUUGUGAACAAAGGCUUUCUGCUGCAGAAGCUGAAAUAGAGGAGUUAAGGGUCAAGCUGGAUGCAUCCGACAGAGAUAUUUUGGAGCUGACUGAGGCUAUUAAAGUUAAAGAUGCUGAGGCAGAGGCAUAUAUAUCUGAAAUUGAGACAAUUGGUCAAGCAUACGAAGAUAUGCAGACACAGAACCAACAUCUGUUGCAGCAGGUGACCGAGAGGGAUGAUUAUAAUAUUAAGCUUGUAUCAGAAAGCGUGAAGACAAAACAGGCACAUAGCACUUUACUGUCUGAGAAGCAGGCCUUAGCAAAGCAGCUUCAGCAAAUUAAUGCUUCAAUAGAAAAUUCAAAGAUGAGGAUUACACACAGUGAAGAGCAGAUGAAAGCUCUACUAUCAGAGGCCAUUAAAUGUACUCAAGAUGAAAAACACCUUGCAGUCAACCUUGAAUUUGCAAAGUGGGAAUUGGCUGAUGCUGAGAAGGAGUUGAAGUGGCUCAAGUCUGCUAUUUCCUCUUCAGAGAAAGAAUACGAUCAAAUUCAGAAAGAUACGGAAGCUAUUGAAAUGGAGUUAGAUAGUGAAAGGAGUUCACGGAAGAAGCUUGAGGAAGAUCUAAGGGAAUUGAACAGCAAAAUUACUGAGCUGAGUUCUGAAACUGGUGAAACCGCAAUACAAAAACUCGAAGAAGAAAUGAGGGUUUGCAAGAACAUGAUCAAGUGUACUGUUUGUUCUGAUCGUCCUAAGGAGGUUGUGAUUGUGAAGUGCUAUCAUCUGUUCUGCAAUCCAUGCAUACAAAGAAAUCUAGAGCUCCGUCACCGCAAAUGUCCUGCCUGUGGAACAGCAUUUGGACAGAGUGAUGUUCGCUUUGUUAAAAUAUGAUACUGAUGUUAACAUUCCUUGUACUUUGUUGGCCUUCAUUUUUGUGUUUUGGAUCCUUGUUCACUGCUGUUUGUCCUUUUUACCCUGAUCAUAGGUUCAAGCAAGCAUUUCUUUAUUAUUGAUAAAUAGGAAAAAAAAGAAAGUUGUUGUUGUUGUUGUAUGUAUUUUAAUACAUUAU